UUUGGGUUCGGCCAAUAGCACAGGCUGUUUUACCAAACCGCCGCAGUGUAUAAUAGUCUAGUUUCUUACGUUUUGUAACGUUUUCUUGGAUUUUUAACCUGUCUGUGCUAUUUCAUUAUGUCUGGUCGUGGAAAACAGGGCGGCAAGGCUCGCGCCAAGGCUAAGACCCGCUCCUCGCGGGCCGGGCUCCAGUUCCCCGUGGGUCGGGUUCACCGCCUGCUCCGCAAGGGCAACUACGCCGAGCGGGUUGGGGCCGGCGCGCCUGUGUACCUGGCGGCGGUGCUGGAGUACCUGACGGCCGAGAUCCUGGAGCUGGCGGGCAACGCGGCCCGCGACAACAAGAAGACGCGCAUCAUCCCUCGCCACUUGCAGCUGGCCAUCCGCAAUGACGAAGAACUCAACAAGCUGCUGGGCAAAGUCACCAUCGCCCAGGGUGGUGUCCUGCCCAACAUCCAGGCCGUGCUGCUGCCCAAGAAGACUGAGAGCCACCACAAAGCUAAGGGCAAGUGAAUUUACCUAAAUAUCGUGCGUGCAGCUACAACCUUAUACCCAAAGGCUCUUUUCAGAGCCAUCCAUGUUUUCACAUUUGAGAGCUUGUAACUAAUUCUAACACUGGUUUAGCCUGCCCGCUAGGGAAAAAAAGACACUGCCGGAAGCUGAGAAUUCUGUUUUAUUUCGUGAGAUUUCUGAGGACUUCAAGCACGGGAGGCAGUGUCUCAGAUCUGAGAGACUGCCCUGAAGAAAGGGAUAGAGCCAGGAUAUAGGGGUUUUUGCAACCAAGACGAGGUAGUGGGAACAUCAAAAGACUACCAUUAAUUAAAACGAGCUAUGUCAGGGUAAUGAACUUAGCAUUUUCUAUGUAAGGGAAGAUGCAAGGGUCUGGGCUCUGAAAUUUCUUUUUUUUUAUGCACCUUAUCUAUCUAGGGCCAGUAUGCUGUUCUUAACCAUCUUGAGUUCCCACAGGGUGCACCGUUGGAGGUGGCUGUGGUGGCUGAGGGCUUGGCAUCAUGGUUGUAGUGGCUUGAUAGCUACGUUUUUGUUUUGAGUAAAAGAUUUAUUCGGAAAGAUACAUAACUCCAUACAGUGCGGGCUAACUCAUAAGGCCAAAGGGGCUAAGAGUCUUGGGGGUGUUAAAGCAAGUGCCAUCUCUAAGGCAAGAGAGAAUGACCCAGAAUGUGGGCCAUUUUACUCAGAAGGGAGAGCGGCCUCCAAACAUCCUUUUUAACAUAUGACAGGCAACAUUUUCCAUUCACAUUUAUAAGCCUUCAACAGUUAAAGCCAUUGGAUAUAAAUACAGCUUAUUCAACGUGUUAUUAUCUUGGCUAUUUCACAUGACUGCUUGGAAUGUGGUUCAGGGAUACGAGAGUUUUACGAGAAAAUAGCAUCGUAAACGGGUUUUAGUUGUGAGGAAGCAAGUUUUGGUACCGUUUACAAAACCUUGAGUAGUCUCCAGAUCUUUAGCGAGAAGGGGAACUUUCUAUACUGCGGAAAAGGCGGGUGGGGUUGGUAGCUUGGGAUAUCUUUAAGACAUUGAAAUAGCAAAAUAAGAACCACUGGCAAAUCAAAGAUCAGCGCGGGCUUUUCAAAUUCUGAACCGAACCAUAAUCUCAUUUAGGCACUACAGCAAAGUCAAUCGUUUGGCGCACUGUUUGCCUAUCACCUCUAGCCCAAUCGCUUUACCUGUGGUUUCCCAGAGUGAAGAUAGGAAGUGGCAGUCCAGGGGACUCCAGGUUCAGUUCAGAAAAAGCAACCGCUGAGAAAAAACAAUAAAACUAAAUCUCUUCUCAAAAGCUUGGUCCUUGGAAUUUUAGGCCACAUUACAUAGAUCUACUGAGUCAGAACUGGCAUAUUCCACAAUCACGAAGUGGCUCCUUAUUUACAAUUUGAGAUGAGCUGAACUAGAACAGUAGAAAAUUAGCUCCUAUGGUUAGUAGACUAUAACGAAGAGAGGGAUUGGAAUGUGGAGUAAUUCAUCCAAUCAGAAUCUGUAGUCAUUAACCAAUCACAUCGUUGACGCUUCAGCCAAUGGUUUCAUUUCGCGGGACUUUUGAAAAACCGCAAGGCCAAUCAGAAUGUUUCUGAGUGUAUAUAAAGGCAACCUCUUCCUCAAGCCGUCAAGUUGUGCGUUUUCUCCGUACUUCCU